GCCUCACCAUCUUCAUCUCCAUUAUAAUAGGCCAUCUUCAUCGCAAACAAACAAUCACACAAAAGAACCUGAGAAAACAAAGAUGCAUGGCCUUAAGCGCCUCAUCAUCUUCAUCUCCAUGUUUGCCGCCAUUUCAGAAGCCCAAUAUCUUCUUCCGAUCACCAAAAACGAAACCACCAAACAAUACUACACCACUAUCAACAUCGGAUCCGCCGCCAACUCUCCCGUUAACCUUCUCCUCGAUAUCGGAACCGACCUCUCAUGGCUCAACUGCCGCAAAAUAAAAUCCUUAUCAUCACUCCACCUCGUCCCUUGCCAGAGCCCCACCUGCAAGUCCAUCCCCAGCAACGCCUGCGACGGAAAACACUGUCUUUACCUUCAACAAAGCCCUUUCGUCAAAAACCACACAGUGUCCACCGUCGACCGUGUCGUUCAAGACAAAGCCACCAUCUCCACCAAAGUCUCUUUCCGUCCAUUCACAUUCUCCUGCGUCGCUCAGACACACAUCCAAGGCCUUUCCCCUCCCAUCGCCGGAGUUCUUGGUCUUUCUCCGGGAGAGUUCCCGUUCUGGAGACAGGUGACGAGAGCGUUUAAUAUCAUCCCGCGCUUCGCUAUCUGCUUGCCUUCUUCAGGCAACGGUAAUUUCUUUAUCGGCGGUGGAGGUUUCGGUGUUUCGAUGACUUUGACUCCGUUGAAAAUAGUUGGCUCUGAUUAUCUUAUCUCCCCCACGUCAAUCUACGUUGACGGGAUACCUUUAUCGUUGAAUCCAAGUUUGCUUGAGAGCGGAGCAAAGCUCAGCACGGUGGUUCCGUACACCGUACUUCAAACUGAUAUCUACAAUGCUCUUGCUAGUGCAUUUACCCGUAAAGCAAUAAAAAUAGGAAUGUCUGAGAUCCCUCGACUUGCGCCAUUUAAACACUGCUUCCAAGAAGGCUCUUCCAUGAGAAUAAAUGAGGAGUUGAUGAACGUGACGUCGGUAGAGAUUGGGCUGCCAGGGAAUGGAAGGGAGGUGAAGUGGACGUUUCACGGUAAGAAUACGGUGGUGAGAGUGUUGGAGACGGUGAUUUGUUUGGCGUUCGUAGACGGAGGAGAGAAACCUAAGGAGUCGAUGGUCAUUGGGACACAUCAGCUUCAAGAUUAUAUACUCAAUUUCGAUAUGAGCACAACACGUCUGGCUUUUAGUGAUUCACUCUUGCUCCAUAACUUUAGCUGCUCCGCGUGA